GAAUGCGCCAAAAAUUGAACUCUAUGUUCUGGAAUGUCCUCAUGCGGCUAGCCCCAUGCAUCAAACGCAUACACGAUGAAAAGUUAAAUCACAUGCAAGCGCUUGAAAUUGUAAGAACAGUGUGUGGGGAAGUUGUUUGGGACUUUGAAAAAGCUUUAGAGGCAUUAAAGCAACCAAUCCUCAUAGCUACAAGAUUGGGGAUUUUUGAGAUUGUCGAUGAAAUUUUGAAGGUAUAUGAAAAUGCUUUUUGUUUCGUUGACGAAGAUGGGAAAGAUGUGCAGCAGCUUGCAGUUUUGCAUCGUCAUGAAAUAGUUUUCCGUAUCAUAUUAAAGGAGUUAGGGAAAAGUUGGGAAGACUCCGUAGACAAUGAUUUGAACACCGUCCUGCACUUAGCCGGAAAGUCAGCACCUUCAAGUAAAAUAGCAGGUUCAGCAUUGCAAAUGCAGCGGGAGGUGCAAUGGUUUAAGGCUGUGGAAAAUCUUGUGCCUCCAUCCAUGCAGGAGAUGCAAAAUAGUAAGGGUAAAACUCCUAUACAAGUGUUUGAGGAAGAACAUAAGACAUUAGUUAAGGAAGGUGAAAAAUGGAUGAAGGGGAGUGCUUCAUCAUGCACGGUUGUUGCUGCACUCAUAAUCACCAUAGUAUUUGCCGCCGCUUUCACUAUACCAGGAGGCACCAACACUGAAGGACCGGCUUUUAUUAUUUUCGCCAUAUCAGAUGCGCUUGCAUUCGUUUCUUCCAUUGCUUCAGUGUUAAUGUUCUUGGGAAUCCUCACUACACGUUACUCGCCAGAUGAUUUUUUGAAGUCCUUGCCCGAGAAGUUAAUUAUCGGCCAAAUCACCUUGUUCGUUUCUAUUGCAAGCAUGAUGGUAGCCUAUGGUGCAACGUUCUACAUCAAUUGCACUCAUCAAUGGAAAUGGACUAUCUUCCCAAUUUUCCUUCUUGGCAGUCUCCCAGUGACCUUAUUUGCAAUGCUGCAGUCUCAUCUCUUGUUUGAAAUGAUCUCUUCCACUUAUGGACCUACUAUUUUUCCAUCAAAGGAAGAAAUACGGAUGUAA